ACGGUGCCAUGUAUCGAGGAGGCAAGAGAAAAGAAAUAUAUCCGACCUACUGCACGACAAUAGCUAUCACUACAAACACUCCUCUUGUCCCUAUUACUACAUUACCAUCCCACUUUGCAAUGCUCACUAAGUCGCCAUAGAAUGUGGGUUAUGGUCGGGGCUAACAAUAGUCGAAUUCAGCAAGACAUCCCAACACAACAGCGAGGACCCCUAGGCCCCCACUCCGCUGCUAAGGCUAAUUACCACACAUCAAACAGCCAUUCUGCAUCCCCAUCCACAUCCCCGCCAGCAUGUACAUCGGCGCCCACACUCUUCCUUCUCCACACGCCCACGCAUCCCUCCUCAUUGGCGCGAAACGCCACUUCCCCCUCCUCUUCUCUUGCUUCAUCUCCUCCGUCGCAUUACGUAGCUGAUUCUGCUCCCACCAACCUACAUCCCACUCCCAGCGCGGGCGGUACAGGACAACGAGCUUACACAACCGCUCUCUUGCAAGCCGAAUUGCCUGCUCAAGGAUGUGGGACGCUGCCUUGGGUCUCGGUUCUGCUCCCGUUUGCUUUUCCCGCGCAGACGUUAUGCUUGUGGCAACACCGUGCCACCAGGUGUAGAAGGUGCAGCUGGGAGUGACAGCAAAUGCGGCGGUUUGACGACGCUUGACAAUGCUGGCAGUGGCGAUGUCGGUGGUGGUAGUGGUAGUGGUAGCAGUAGCAUUGGAGCCCGCUAUAGUAUGGUGUCCUUAGCUGAAGGCCUCGUCCCAAGACUACGGAUUGACUGACUGCGUGGUGGACUAA